AUGAGUGUGAAUGAGCUACUCCAGAGGGUCCAUUUCGUGGUUGACAACGGUGGCAACAGGACAGCCGUAGUACUCGACUACGAGGACUGGGAAGAGUUGAUGACACUUCUGGAAGAUAUUGAGGAUGCCGAGGAACUCAGCCGCAGCGCGGAUUCUGAGGAAGAACUGAUUCCUUGGGAGCAGGCGCAAGCGGAACUGAGGGCAAAAGGGAUUGACGUAUAGGGUUCAUAUAGCGCGUCGCGCAAUGAGGGACAUCGAACGAAUCAAUCCCCAAUAUACUCGCUUGAUUAGUCAGCGCAUCACAGCUCUUUCGGAAGACCCUCGGCCACAAGGCGCAAGGCGGCUGCGAGGACAGACAGGCUACAGAUUGCGUGUAGGAGUGUACAGAGUUCUAUACCAAAUUGAUGAUACUGCGCGAACUGUUACUGUUCGCCGCGUAAUGCAUCGCAGAGAGGCCUACCGCUAGAACAAUUUGCCACUCCCCUCAUUCCUGCUUUUACAGGAAUCCACCGUAGCUUUUGGGCGAUAAAA